GCUCGCUCUACGACCAUUGCUGCUGCUCGACACCACCGCCUCUCCACGCAACCCACUGUUUGACGGAUUGGCCUUUACUGCGCACUGCCGGAUCACCAGCGAUACGGCCCUCUGCAUCGACAUCAUCACCACAGCCGCGCGCAGCCACACUCGUCUGUUGUCGUCGCUCUGGCCCAUGUACAAUACCACACCGCAAGACCACCUGACGUAUCUGGCCGCCGUUUUCGGUCACUCUGCACCAACAACACAUAUCUCUGCCGCGCCCGCCCCUCCUCCCUCCCAUUGCCUACGGCGACACGUUCGCACCUUCCACAAUGCCUUUCAGGCCUGAACUCCCGCUACUGCGGGUCGAAGUGGCGGCCUUGCAUACUAUCGACACCACCAACGUUGAGGCCCUCUUUGGAAUGCAUUCUUUGUUUUCCAAGACAUCGCAUGUCAUGCAGGACGGCAAACGCCUGGAGAACCUCUCGUGGCGACUGUGGAACAGAGAGACCUUCUGCUGUGCACCGCAGCCGCACUCACGCCAGGCCUCUGUCGCGCUUCCCACACGCCGUUCCGCCCUUGCGAAAUCGAAAGCCGCGACGGCUGGAGAAGUGCCGAUGCCCGCAUUGUCAUCCAGCCUCGAUUCCGCUUCCUCCUCUGACGACGAUCUAGAACUCUCGUCGCCCACGACGCCGCGAAACUACUCGGCACAGCCAUCCGCGCCUCGCAACGACACUCCCACCGAGAACGUGACAGGACGUGGCCGUGAAAAGCAUCUCACACCCAUUGUCCUCGAGAAGAUCGUCGUCGCUAUCACCGAAACGAACGCGCUCGAGCCCAUUGACUUACCCAUUGCCGCACCUGCGACUACCGCUCGCGAAUCUCCGUCCACGGACGCUUCUCAGGUACUCUCUACAUUGGACCUUACAUCCUCGCAAACCUCAAGAGGCACUGCACCUCACGCCUCCGAAUCGCAAGCCACUCUACCCGAAUCAUCUACCUCGACCAUUGGCACUCAGGAGUCAAACGACUCGCCCUCCUCCCAGUCGUCACAAGAAAGCUCGUCUACCGAAAUGAGCACACACAGCAUUGUGCGUGGCUUUGUGCCAGGCGGAGCGCCAUCUUCGUAUCGCUCGCAAACAAACCUCGCCUCUCAGCCAACACCGAUCCUCAAGACGUCUCCCACGUAUCGGCCACAGCCCAAGAAGAAGGUGCCCAUGUUCCAAAUUGGAACAUCGUCUGGAGAAGACGAGGGCUCGUUCGACAACCACAUGGUAGGGAGCCGCAGCACAUUAUCCGACAACCUCAAAGCGCCUGGCAGCCAGAACAGCAACGGGAGUCAGAAACACGCGUCUUUCAAUGAGGAAGUAUCAGUUGCCAAAGCCGCUCCACUCCGACACAGCGCCGUUUUCGAGUCGGACGACGAGGAAGAGGACGUAUCCGAGAGCGCCAUCGAAGAUGACGACGAUUCGUCGGAUUGGGAAGACUCAGACGACGCGAGUGGGCCAUCAUCUGUCAACGAGAAGGACCUGUUCCAGCGAGUCGAUUCAAGACCCAACUUGACUUCGCGUUGCUCCCUGCUGACCACUUUGAUGCAUGAGCCCGAUCGAGCAAAGGCUCUGGCGAACGCUGCUUCAAGAUCUACCCCAGCAAUUCGACGGUCUCGAACGACAACGCCAAAUGGACCCUCUGUUGCGACAUCGCCGGAAAUCGGCGCCCAAUUUCCAAUGCACGCCGGUCAAGAUAUUCCACGCUCGAAACCUAUCAUUAUGACCACUUCCAACACACACCAACAGCUUGCUCUUUCGCCACGCACAACACGGAGAAACAUGCUAUCAACCGAACUUACGGAGUCUCUUCGAAAGAACCUAUUGUGGGAGCGCCAGCAUAAAAGCACCGGCAAUCUGGCUGCGCUGAAGCGAAGACAUACUUCUAACGAUGUCAAGAACUUGAAGCAGCACCCAGAGCCUGGCCCGGUGCUUUCCCACCAGGGACCAAAGGGCAGAUUCACCAACGAUUACUUCCACGCUGGCCUUGGAGAAUAUCAUGCCAAAGGCUGGUGAUCUUCGCACACAUUUUGUUUUCAUGUUUUCUUGCUGCGUUCUAGCGAUUGUUCUACGGAGGGUUUUGUUUUCUUUUGGGCACAUAGCGAGGUGUCCUGGACAUAGCUACUUCCUCACGGAUGGAACACGGCGUUCAGAGGGUCUGGACCGAGAAGAGGGCUCGGGAUUUCGAGAUUCGGAUGAUACCAGCAUCGGCAUACUUUUACACAUACUUGACGGCCGCGCAUGCGAACACUUUGCUACGAAGCAGCCGGAAACUAGCAUGCUUGAAGCACAUUCAUUGUGCUCGGCGUGAGUACGGCCUGUACAUCAUCACUGUAACAUUACUGUUGUUGUCAAGGACUCUAGGUCUUCAAAAGCGAUAUUGCACGGGAUCCACUACGCGGAGGAAUCUUAGUUUGGGCAGCAGCGUCCUGUAGCACAGUCGAUUCCACACGCAUAAUGACAAACUACUCCUGGGUCCAGC